GAUGGGGCUCUGAGUCUGUAGUCGUGUGUGAGGCGCAGCCGGGGCUCUCGGCAGGGAUUACUGUGCUACCGCUGAGCUGAGAAGCCAACCAGCGCGCUGUAUCGGCGCCUGGUACUGCUGCGGUGCUGUCUGUGUGUCUGUGGUGUGCCCGUGCCCCGCGGUGCACCCGAUGAUGAAGAGGUCCUCCGGUGUGCCGGUGCCUCUGACCAUGCUCGGCUACCCCGUGGUGCUCACCUAUCGGAUACUCACAUCGUGCUUUGACUCGGUCAUGAUGGCUUUAUUCAUUUCAAGCUGUAAGACUCCAGCAUCAAAUGCUGUAAAGCCUAAACUGAAACUAUGAAUGUGAAUGUUAGACCUACCCUGGCCAGCUGGUGAAUCGCUAUGUCGGCAACAUCAGCUCUGUGCUGGCCAAAUGUGUGCUGCUGUGGAUGGUCUCCACCAUUCUGCUGAUCUCGUCAGCAGUGCUCUACUUCACCUUCCACUACAGCAUGAUGCCGACAAUGCUGGUCACACUACCUGUCCACUUUCAGUUCAGUCCGUGCUAUGGCGAGCAGAAGCAGUGUGCCUUCCCUACAGCUGAAGUGUACCUGGUGGACAGCGGUGCCAGCCCGCUGCUGCACCCACACGUGCACUACACCUUCAGCCUGGAAAUGGACAUGCCAGAGUCGGCAGCUAAUAAGGAUGCAGCAGGCAUGUUCAUGGUGCAGCUGAACCUGACCAGUCUAUCGGGGAAACUGGUCGGCUCGUCAGCGCGCGCCAACAUUCUGCACUACCGGUCGGGCCUGCACCGGACGCUGCGCACGCUCGUGUUCAGUCCGCUGCUGCUGACGGAGUACGCGCACGAGCAGCAGCGGCUCACCAGUGAGCUGUUCACGUCCUACCUGGUGCAGGAGGACGAGCCUCCGACGCGGGCUCGGCUGGAGCUGCGCUCUCUCACGGCGCAGGUGUACUCGGCGCGGCUGCGGGUGCACGCGCGUCUGAGUGGCCUGCGUAGGAUCAUGUACCACCACCCGCUGGUUUCGGGCGUGCUGGGCACGGCGGCCACCUUCUGCAGUCUGGCGGUCGUCUUCCUACUGGUCUGGCUGCGCAGCGCAGAGCUGCCCGUACAGCUGCGGAGCCGUCUGAGGCGGAUACGGGGCGGCCGGGCGGCGCCACUCGACCCCGCCCCGGCGGCCGCUGUACACGACGUCUCCAAGCCUGGCCAUGCAGAGUCGCCGGCUGGCCACGAGGCCAAAGGCGCCACGGCCGCCGCUCCGGCCGCCGGCAGUGGUGCUGCCACCUCGGAGCCACCUGUGGAAACUCUGGGUUCGGAGAGUGGCCACCAGGCGGCGGGCGGGGAGCGGCACGAGGUGGACGGCGGGGCAGAGGAUGAGGCUGCGCUGAGGCGGCGGCCCGCUCACAGCGUGGUGGAGUACUGAGCGCGGCUGAGCUAGGUGAACCGUUAUGCUGAUCAGAAGGUUUCCGGUGUCGCCAGUCACUCAUCAGCCGCUCGGAAUCACUCAGCACUGAGACGGAGCAGCGACUGAGCCUCCCCGGGCCGUUCUGCCAGGCGUGACGGCCGCUACGGGAAGGGGGCAAGGGUUACCCGGCGUGUCGCUGUGGGUGUAUUGGCCGGCAGGGAACCGUUCGCAUUGGCCGGGAGGAUCCGGUGGUAUUACCGAUCGAGCUUAGUCUUUUGUUAACUGUAUGUGUGAGUUUGCGUGUGCGUGUCUUACUACCUUUCGCCGAUGCUACCGGACAUUCCAGUGAGCUGGUUGAUGUCUGUGGGGAGAACAAGUGACUGCGGUAAAUCCACUGAGCAUAUGGUGAAUUGGAGUCCGAUCGCUUCUGCAAUGGCAGGCAGAUUGUGUAAUAGCUUACACAAUAUAUGUAGGUACUCGUCGCGUUCCUCAGGCUGUAAUCAAUGUGAUUCAGCAGCCCUCUGGGCCGCGCUGAAUGCAAUGCAAUAAUGUUGUUCGUAGUUCGCUUGGAGUGGCAUAAAUAAUUUGUUGAUAUUUGUAUUUGCCAUGAUCGCAGCUGUGAUGAAAGCCAGUUUGAACGGAUGAGAUUUGUACGCUAAUAUAUGACGACGAAUGGAA